UGGUGACACUCUGAUUUAAGGUGGAGUAGACUUGUGUUGUUGAUAUAAACAAUCUUAAAGACAUUUUAUACGAUUUAAGGUUGUAGCAUUCUUUUGUUAAAUGCAUCCGGUUCAAAUAUUCUUUCGACUUAAGCAAAAAGCCAAUAGCCGAAGGAACGACUUUUGAGAAGGAAUUUUGUUCAACGGAUUGUCCGUUUGCGGGCAAAAGAUGCUCAAGAUGACGGCCAAUGUCCACGGAGCACAGAGGAUUGAAAGGCUGGCUAUGUUAAGAUAGGAUUUUGGUUGUCCCAGUUGUUUGAGACGUAUUCUCCAAAGUUCAGAGAUGAGACGCAGAAAUUGUCGAUUUCUGUUGUCGGCAGAAGAGGCCAUCAUCCAACACUAGGGUCUGGACUUUGGUACAAAGGUUGCUGGAGAAGGAAAUGCAAAGAAACGAACUCGAACUCGUUCCUUAGGAGGUGAAAACGGUGGAGAAUCAGAGGAGAUCACUUCACUUUAUUCUGGCCUCAGCUUCGACAACCAGAAGGAUAAUACAGCUGAGGAAAGAAUUUCCUCGUCCAAGUAUCAGCACGAACUGCAACUGCAGCAGUUUGUGGACUUUGGAGGUUUGGAUAAUCUGUACUUUGAUGUAGUCUCUCCACCAUUUCAAUCAUGUUCUGAGGAGAUAAGAAAACUAUUUAAUACCAAGCCUGGAAAUCCAGAGUUUGUUGAAUCCUGCAAGGAGAAGCCACAUGCAACCUCUCUGGAGAUUCUGAAGAACUAUGGAAGUAGGCUGCGAAGACUGAAUGGUGAAAAGAUAAACAUAUCCCACUUUGACGUUGCAAGCACUGGGAUAAGCAAGAAAAAGCUAUCAACUCUUGCAAUUUUGCUCUUAGCUGGAGAAAAUUUCAUUCAUACAUCUAAUUCCACAGCAAAGAGUGAACUCUCCACUCUUAGUCACCCAUAUGCCAGUUCAUUUCUUGGCCUCUCUGAGGAAGACACUAAAGAUGUACAACUUGUCCAGCAUCUUCUAGCUGCUGCUGAGAAAGUAGGUGAGAAGCAAUUUCAUCGAGCAGGAAAACUCCUGAAGAAGUGUAAAAAGCCAAGCUUUGACAAAGGAAACCCUGUUCAGCGUCUAGUUCACUAUUUUUCUGGAGCUCUUCAUGAGCGAAUUGAUAGAGAAACUGGAAGAUCUAGAUCUCAGGGUACUGGGAGGAUGCUCACAAAGUAUGUUGAAAAUGCUUUAGCUACGAUCAACUCCACUGUCCUAGCAUUCCAAAAAGCAGUACCUUUCUCUUAUGUUAGCCAAUUUGCUGGAAUUCAAGCCAUCAUAGAACAGGUUGAAGAUGCGGGAAAGGUCCACAUCAUUGACCUCCAGGUCAGGCUGGGAACACAGUACACCAUGUUAAUACAAGCUCUUGCAGCUGGAUCUGAAUGUCCUGUUGAGCAUCUCAAGAUAACUGCUGUUGCAACUAGUUGCAGGGAAGCGAUAGAGGCAACAGGUAGGCGAUUAGUAAGCUUUGCCGAAUCCUUUAGCUUGCCUCUCUCCUUUAGUAUAGUGAUGUUAGAUGAUAUUUUAGACCUUCAUGGAAAUGUCUUUGAGCUUGAUGAUGAGGAAGCUGUUGCAGUCUAUUCAGAAUACUUUUUUAUGAUGAUGAUUGGAUCUCCAGACAGGCUGGAAUCUUUGAUGGGAGUCAUCCGAAAUCUUAAUCCUCGUGUAUUUGUUAUUACUGAAGUUGAAGCAAAUCACAAUGCCCCAGUAUUUGUGAACCGCUUCACUGAAGCUCUCUUUUAUUAUGGUGCAUUUUUUGAUGCCUUUGAAGAUUGUCUAAAGGAUGACGAAGCAAAUAGAAUGGUCCUGGAAUCAAUCUACUUCAGUAAGGGAAUAAAAAAUAUUGUGUCAGCCGAGGGGGAGGAAAGGACAAUCAGACAUGUGAAAAUCAAUGUCUGGAGGGAGUUUUUUGCACGGUUUGGGAUGGUUGAAGUAGAAUUAAGCAUGUCAUCCUUGUAUCAAGCAAAUUUGCUUCUUAAGAACUUUGCUUGUGGUAAUUCUUGUACACUUGAUGUGGAUGGGAAAGCUCUAAUUGUUGGGUGGAAAGGAACACCAACCAAUUCUCUUUCUGCUUGGAUUUUUGAAUAAGAUUCGAUUACAGAAGGCUAAAAACUCUAAUGAAGAGUGUAGUCUAUCUUUAGUGCUUUGUUAUCAUUGCCUAAUUAUUGGGUGUAUUUGCUUAUUUUGUUAGUAGGAGAAUAAUUUCUUCCCUAGU